AGCUCCCGAUAGUAAUUAUUUACCAAUCAAGAUGGAGGCGUUAUCAGAUGUUCUGCAGCCGUACAAGGAGCUAGUGGGGAGCGUGGCCGGGAUUGUCACGGUCGCACAGAUGUUUUCUGGCUCCUUUAUAUGUUACGAUAUAUACAAGCAGGGGAACACCAGGGGAAUCGGCAUAGCGCCUUUCAUCGGUGGUGUUGUCAUGAGUUUGCUCAAUUUAAAAUACGGCUUCAUCCUCCGCGAUGAUAUGAUGAUUCAAGUGAACUUCGUCGGUUUGGGGAUUAACUUGCUGUACGUUCUGAUAUAUUUCAACUAUACGUCGGAGAAGGUGAAAGUGUGGGCGAAAAUGGGUCUGGCGGGUGCCUUCACAGCCGCACUGCUGGGCUACGCUGAGAUGGAGGAUCCGAAGCUCAUCGAGAACAGAUUUGGUACCAUAAUAACCGCUUUCAUGUUCUACUUAAUAGCAUCUCCGCUGUUUUCCUUGGGGGAGAUCAUAAAGAACAAAAGCACAGAAGGUUUGCCCUUCCCCAUGAUCUUCUCUGGCGCUAUUGUCACCUUCAUGUGGUUGCUGUACGGCAUCAUCCUGAAGAACAAGUUUCUAAUUAUACAAAACUUCGUUGCUGUGGGGCUCUGCGCAAUUCAGCUUUCACUGUUCGUCAUCUAUCCAUCCAAACCUGUUGGUAAAGCGAGGGCAAAGGCACAGGCUAAGGCGAAAGCAAAGAAAGCUGAUUAG